CAACAUCUCAAGCGCAAGCUUUACUCCACGAUUUUGCUGAAACAUCUCUUCUUCAUCGUUUUUGCUUCCUUGUCCUCCUCGUCGCCUUCCUCAGUCUCCUGUCCACCCUCCCGCAAUGAAGUUGGCCCGAGUCUCGAGCUCGAGCAUUGGUUUUGUGUUGUCUGCCGAGCACAUCAUUCGCACGAGCUGGCCCUCCGCUCUCGAGCUCAAGCGGAUGAAGAGAAGCACGACUGGAGCGUUAUUCAUCUUCGCCCUCCUGGCGGCUAGAUGGGCCCCCCUCUGCAGCGCAGAGCGGGCUGCUGUGCAGGUGCAGCUUGGCGGCGCGGCGAGCAUUAUCGAGACGGAGCUGCGAGAUCACGUGGACGAAGCCGGACGACUCUCGGGCGCAGCAGCAAGGACUGGCGCGACAGAUGCCCAAGGUUCGGGCCAGCUCGCGGAUCUGACCGCGGCGCUGCUUCCGCUCGCGGGUGGUGGCAUGGAAGCCGCGUUCGCUCCACUCGCGGCCAGCAUGGGCUCCGUCUCGGCAAGCCUGGGCACGCUGACGGGGACCGUCGCUCCGCUCGCCGCGGCGGCGCAGCCCAUGCUGGUGGCCGCGACGGCCCUCCUCCAGUUUAUUCCGCACGUGAUGGUGGCAAGCCUCGUCGUCUACGCCGUCUUCAAGUGCGUGAAGGCAGUCCAAGGCUCCAAGCAUUCCAAGGUCAUGGGGCGUGGCCUGCAGAACGUCCAGGACGCCAUCGAGAAGGGGAUGCAGGCGAUGACUAAGGAGCUCGGCGACAUCAAGAAGCUUCUCGGGGAGCAGACCGACAUGAUGCAGUUCACGCCGCUCAACGACGCCGUGGAGCAGAUCGACCUCGCGUGGAGUUCCAUCGAUUACUGCCAGGGCUUAAAAAUGUCGACCCCAGACGGGGUGUGCACGCUGCCCCCUUAUUGCGCCCCGUCGGGCAUUGUGGACGCACAGACGCGGAAGCAGAUCGCCACGGCCAUGCUACGCCUGGACAAGAUGCUGAGGGGCGAGUUCAGUGGAGCAGUUCGGGUCCGAACAGUUGAUCUGACCGAGAGGGUGCUCAGGCAGGCGGUGCAGUCGCGCAUGAACCGGGAGAGCCUCGCAGAUCUGGCCUGGUCCUACUGGUUUCAAAUGAUGACGUUGCAGGUGAAGGGUGCUUUGGUGCUGGCGCACACCUCGGACAGCGAGCUGUACCGCUGCGGCCGCGUGUUUACCGAGCUGGCGGAGAGGCUCGAGCUCCAGAUAAACCACGUGGAGGACGUUCUGCAAAGCGUAGCCUCGGAGGGCUUCUUCCUGCGCUGGAAGCCGGGCGGCGCAUGCGUGCGGGCAUCGGUCGAUCCAUCCUGGUACAAGCGGGCUUGGGGCGGAGACUGGAGCGAGCUGGAGGCGACUGGAGACUGCGUCGACAAUACCAACCUUGCGCUCAGCCUCAUCCCGAGGUCGGCGGAUGGGAACCUUUCUGCCAAUGCCAGCUUCCUCCUCGUCAGCAAGAGGCUCGGGCGCAGCGUCGCGUCUAGGGCCAAGCGUGACCGCCUCUUUUUGGGCGACUGGCUUGGGAGCGUUGACGACCAGGCUAGCACAUCUGGCACGCCAUACAUUAUGCUGCGCAACUCGCCCCUGGAGAGAAAGCUCAAGCCAGGCUCGCAGAAGGUGCGCGCUCUUCACGCGGGCUCCGUAGUGAACGUGACGAUGCUUCAGACGAUUGGCUCGAAGAAGCACAAGCUCCUGCGCGGGUUCGUGCGCGAGCCUUUCGAAGGAUGGAUCGAUAUCCUGGACACCACCUCGGGGGAGCGCUCGGCGAGGAUGGUCAAGACCGACGUCGCCGCGAAAAGCCGUAGCAGCCAGCUGGCCCGCGCGCUGAAGGAGGUUUGGAUCCCGCAACGCAGCACUUGCGACGCCUUUCUGGCCGAAUUUGGAUGCGAUAACGCUGGGAGCACGAACGAGUCCGCCAUGACCAUGGAUCGGGCGUUCGACGACGUGCUCACUGGUGUGGCCUCUUGGUCUUACAGUGUCGGCUCUGCCAGGUCCGACGAUGACGAGGACAGCGUGUACAUCGACAUUGUUCCCACAGGCUUCGGCCAGGGGGAAUUCCACAUGGAGACUGCAGCGGACAGGCGCUGUGUCUAUGUCGACAAGGGGAAUCGCAACAUCCGGCUAGGACAGGGCACCUGCGAGGAGGAGAAGCUCAAACAGAAGUUGGACAACCUCAUCUUCGAUUUCGUGCCAGCGAACCUUCUCCAAACGCCAUGAUUCCACUCCUCCAUGGGCCGGCCCUGGUAGCCGCGGCGGGCGGCAAUGUGCCGCCAGUCGGCCCGUCCCCCUCCUGUUCGCGCGCCCUGUGCUCGCUCGCCCUGGAUGAGGUUGCAACUGUUGGGAGCUUGAAUUCAGCAUCGGCGCGGGUAUAUCCUCGGUCGAGAUACAGCCGAAUACGGCCUAAUCCGGCUUCGUCUAGCUUGGAUCCCUGUGCAUGCGGGUCCUAUCUGGGAGUGAUCCAGCCCAAUCGCCCGUCAACCCGGUCGCACCCGG